AACACAAGGGCCAAAAGCCAUGAAAUCCUUAACAAUAAAAUAAUAUUAAAUAAUAUAAAAAUUUAAAAAAAAAAAAUUCUCGUAUUAAUUAGUGUAGACCCAAAUCUCAACUACAAAGAAAAGCAUCAGGUGCUCAAUUUCAAUCCCUUUUUUUUGUGUUUAUUUUUGUCAUCAAAACACUAAUUGAGUAAGUCUAGCUAUCAAUUGUGAUGGACACUUUUGGGGAUGAUUAUCAGCAUCAACUCUACUGGGAAACUGACUUUAAUACCAUCUAUAAUCUUCAUACUCAACAAUUUGAUUGUUUGGGAUUUGAUGAUGCCUUAUCAUCAUACUAUGACUAUGAUUCAAGCUCGCCAGAUGGUAGUGGUUCUUCCAUGGCAUCUAAAAAUAUUGUCUCCGAAAGAAAUCGCCGCAAGAAACUUAAUGAACGACUUUUUGCUCUUCGAGCUGUUGUCCCCAAUAUUACCAAGAUGGAUAAAGCAUCAAUAAUCAAGGAUGCAAUAGGAUAUAUAAAAGAACUCCAUGAUCAAGAGAGAAGAAUCAAAGCAGACAUAUCAAAUCUGGAGCAUCGAAGAUCCAACAAUGGAAAAUUUGAUAAUAAUUCAUGUUCAAUAAUGGAUUUUGAUCAAGAAUUGCCUGCUUUAAUUAUUAAAUCAAAGAAAAAGAGGGUUGAUCAUCGCAAACAACAUCAACAACAAUAUUAUGAUCAUCCCAAUGGUUGUUGUAGGUCAUCACCUAUUCAUGACUUAGAAGUAAGGGUGUCAUACGUAGGGGAAAGGACAAUAGUAGUGAGCUUGACGUGUAGUAAACGAGAGGGCACAAUGGUCAAAUUGUGUGAAUUGUUCGAGUCAUUAAAGCUUAAAAUAAUUACAGCUCAUAUCACUGCUUUUUCCGGGAGACUUUUGAAGACAGUCUUUCUUGAGGCAGAUGAGGAAGAGAAGGAUCACUUGCAAAUAAAGAUUGAAACUGUAAUAUCAUCGUCGCAUGGCUAAUUGUCUUUCAUUUUAAGAUUGCAAUUUUGGGAAUCUUGAUCGCCAUUUGUUGCUACUAUUUUGCUUUCUACUUGUUUUUAUUGAAAAAUAAAAAUGGAUGUAAAAGAAUUCUUGAGAGUUCAACAAAAGAGAAAAAAUAAAUAAUGUGUUCAGGGUUUUCUCAAGUGAAAAAAUGUUUAUUAGGGUCUUAUUUAUUAGGGAAAUUCCACAUGGUAGCAUCUAAUUUUCAUAAAACGCCAGUAGUAGUAUUUUUGUAAGAUUUUUCCACAUGAUAGCAUUUAGUUUAUACACUAUCUAACUGUCGUAGCAUUUUCCGUUAAAUUCUUGUUAAUUUUUGUUUAAUUCAUCAUUUUAUAAGAUUUUUUUACAUGGUAGCAUGUAGUUUUUGCUUUCAAAUAUUUAAUUUACCGAUUAAUUUAUCAACGCCCUUAAAUAUUGUAACAAUUACGUAGAUAUGUAUUAGUGUUUGUAAUGCAGCUUUUGAACUUAUGAAAUGCACCUUUUGAGCUUAUAAAAUAUGCCUUUUGAAUUAUUUAUUAGUGUUUGUAAAAUGCACCUUUUGAACUUUAUAAU